AUGCGGGCUCUGGGCAGCAAGGAGGCAGGCGAAGUGCUGGGAUUCUCCAUGCCCACAAGCCCGAUGGAAAUGGGGGGCAGCUGUAAAACAUUGCCUUCAAACUGGAGACCUUCUCGGGAGUGUGAACCUGGCUUCGCACCACCACCUUCGCCCAGUGACCAUGAGGAGGUCCCCACCCAAGCACAUCUCUUCCAUAAGCGCCUGUUUUCUAUCUUUUCUUUCUUUUUUUUUUUUUCAGUGACUCUGAGCAACCCUGUGGAAAAAGUGGCCUAUCUUACAAUAUUCCAUAUUCUGUUCGUGCUCUUCGUGUGGACAUAUUGGAAAUCUAUUUUUACUCUUCCRGUGCAGCCAGAUAAAAAGUUCCAUAUGUCCUACGCUGACAAAGAGCGCUAUGAAAAUGAGGAAAGGCCAGAGGUGCAGAGGCAAAUUCUUGCCGAAAUCGCGAGGAAGUUGCCGGUGUACACGAGGACGGGGAACGGAGGUAUUCGAUUCUGUGAUAGAUGCCAGCUAAUAAAACCUGAUCGCUGUCACCAUUGUUCCGUUUGUGCUAUAUGUGUGCUAAAAAUGGAUCAUCACUGUCCAUGGGUGAAUAACUGCAUUGGAUUUUCUAACUACAAAUUCUUUCUACUGUUCUUAGCCUAUUCUCUGUUGUAUUGCUUGUAUAUUGCUGCAACAGUCUUCAAGUAUUUCAUUAAGUAUUGGACAGGCGAGCUGACUAAUGGACGUUCCAAAUUCCAUGUCCUUUUCCUUCUCUUUGUGGCAGUCAUGUUCUUCGUAAGCCUGAUGUUCUUGUUUGGCUAUCACUGUUGGCUUGUCAGCAGAAACAGAUCUACCUUAGAGGCUUUCUCAGCUCCAGUGUUUCAAAAUGGCCCAGAUAAAAAUGGAUUCAAUCUAGGCUUCGUAAAGAACCUUCAGCAGGUGUUUGGAGAAGAAAAAAARCUCUGGUUACUACCUGUUGUCUCUAGCCAGGGAGAUGGACACUUUUUCCCGAUGAGAGCUUUGUGCGAAGCUCAGAAUCCUCUCCUAGCAAAUGAAGAACAGUGGGAAGAUGAUGGGAUAGAUGAAGAGCCACAUGAUGCCAAUGAAGCUUCAUCCCUUGCCAUAGAAAAGGAGACGUAGCGAUUUGACAAUGUGACAGCACAAAGCUUGUUCAGAAAGCUUCCCUCUCAGGAGCCAACCUCCUUCUCUUCUUGUGGACUUCAGUUCUGAGGGUCAGCAAACAAAUGGAUCUUCAGGAUGAGAAAGCAUCAUGAAGUAUCAUGUGGUUGGGAUCUGCAUUCUCGAGUGCUUCUCCAGAAAUCCUGCUGCACAGAUGUUUUGAGGCUUUAUAAGUUUAAGUUAUGGAGUGAAAAGAACAAUUUUAUAGAGUGAUUCUGGCCGGUCUUCUUUGGCCUGCUCUCUUUAUUUUAUAAAUAAUAUAUAUUUUUUAUUCAAAAUAGGUGAAAAAACAAAACUGAUGUGAGUGCAUUUCCAAAGGCCUUUUCAUUUUGCAAACAUCAGGGACUYGAGCUCUCAGAAUUCUUCCAAGCCAUAAUAUUCUUGGGAAAUCUAUUUAUUUUGAAACUGAUUCUCCAACCUUCUCUAACAAGUGGCAUUUUCUACUAAGUGUGUAAAGUCCUAUCUGAAUAAGUUUAACUCAAUGAGAAGCAGACUUGCAUAAAUUUGGGGCUAAAUUGGUAGUCGUGUGCGUGUUGAAUGUAAAAGUGCUGAACAUGCAUAAACAUGUGCAGCUGUGUAUGGAAAUAGAGUAGUUGGGCGUGUUGGCAGUAUCGAGAUUCAAGAAUAUUGCGGCUGUCGGUGCUCCCUCCCAGGCGGUGUCAUUGCUGCAGCCUUGGAGUUAGAGCACCCUCGAGGCCAAAUCCCACUCCAGGUACCUGGGGGCAUUUUAGUGCAGUUUGCAUUAAUCCCUAGGGCCAAAGGACAGAAUGUGCAGAACAAAAAGAGCAUUAUUACCUCAGGAUCGGCGUUGAGUGGGAAUUUUUUAUAUUUAUGGAGUUAGAAAGGAAGGUGUUAAUUUGAAAUACGUGAGUUGGAUUUUUUUUCUCUCCCUAACACCCAGGGGGUGAUCAGAUUUUUUUUUUCUAUUUUUUUGACUCCAUUUGCAGUUAAAAGAAAGCACCAGUAUUUUAAUUCUGCAGCAUGGACCUGAGAAUUUGCUGUCUGUAUGAUAUGCAGUUUUCUAGAUCUGAGUCCAUUUUUUUCCUUUUAACCUGAAUGGUUCGGAUCUGGCAACUCCAUCACUCAUGUUUGAAUUAGAUGCAUGCUUCAAGUAUUAAUAUGCUGCCUUUCAGAUCAUCUGUUACACCAUUUUCUCUCCAUUUUUAUGUUUGUUUAUUGCCYCUUUGCGUUGACAGUGACUCAGCAGCAGUUGUGCACGUUGUGAUAAGAGACCGGGUGAGUAUCUGCUCGGUGACAAAGGCCUUGGCCACAUACAGGAUCUUUUUGCCUCUGUUGACUCGGCUGCAGCCACCUGUAUCUCCACUGGUGGCACAUUAAUGAGGCCAAGGAGUCGUGCGGAGGUUUUCUGUCCCUAAGAGUAGGCAUUUGAUUAUCUGAUACAACACGUCUGUCUAAAAGGCAUGGUUUAUAUCAGUGUGUAAUCUCUGCAGUUUGGUACAGAGCAGGCAAGGUGUUCUAUAAAAUGUCUGCUGCUACAGUUUGAAUCUUAAGAGACAGGGUAAGUUCUCCAGUCUUGACGACAAUGAAGGUUGUUCAUCCUGUUCCUUGGAGUGUUGCUCCCUGGAUGUCCCUGCUGCUGAGGCUGCAACUGCUUCUCCUUGGUGGUUCUGUAAUUGAAUGGUUUUUGAUGGCUGAAUCCAUCCCAUUUCUAAUAGUUCUGUUGCUGGAUCUUAGGUUGCAUUUGGUGAAGGACAGCGGUAGAAUGAAUCACCUCAUUUCUGCCAAAACAAAAUGGGGUCUUUAGAGCAAGGUGGCAGUUAAAUGCACUAGGAAUUCAUAGGAAUUUAGCUCCUGCUGUUACUUGUGCCUUUUAAAAUGUUACAGUCUCUAAAUUUCUACUACAUAAAAACAGGAAGAUGAUUUGGCAGCUCUCUGCUUCAUUCCACCAGCUUAAGAGUAUUUUUAGGCUAGGAAUAUCAGAGCUUGUCUGCAGGCAUGUGGAGCUGCUAAGAGUUUCCUGAGCAGGUUCUUGACUCCUUUCUGCAUCUGCUUCUCUUUAGGGCCAUUUCCUCCUUUCAGGGUUAUUUCUUUGCAAACGGGCAGUCACAGAACUGCCUAAAAGACCUGCAGGCAGUUUGCUGUCCAGCUGCAACACUGCUUAGUUAGUGAAUAACAUAGAUUGUCUUCAGUUGUGAUUAUUAUUAAAACCUGUAUCUUUAUGAUUAUGUUUGGAAACAGCUUUAAAUGUUUCUGAGUAUUUUUAAAUGAUGCUUUGGCUUUUUUCCUUAGCUUGCAUACUGUUAUUAAGUAGCUUUUCUUGUGACUAGGUAUAGCUGAUUUUCCAUUUUCCUUACAAGCAGCUCAGCCUGUACCUGGUUAUAACAAACUCUUGUCCAGGCAGAAACAACGAGCAACUUGAUAGCUUCAAAAYCACUCCAGGUCUGUAUUCACACUGGUCAGAUUUUUGUAAGCUUCACAAAUGAAACAGAAGAAUUGAAAAAGAAACAGGAAGCUUGUGUUAAAAUUAAGCAGGACAAAAUGUAGAGAAGUUCAGGUAUGUCAGAGUGACCAGAAAAGCUCCGUUUUGCUCUUCUGCUUCCUUAGAGGCGAAGCGUCGAUUCUGUGCCCAGAGCUGUGCUGUUCUGCUCUGCCUUCCAAGCAGCAGUCGAGUGGGGCAGGUGCCUCUGCAGCCCAAGAUUUAUUAAGGCUGAAUAAAAAAGGCUGCAACAGAAACGGACAGUCAGAUCUGAGAAAACUUGGUAUUUUUCAAAACAUUGUUCUCCAGAUCUUCUUGCCUUGUGCAUUAUUGCAGCUGGUGUUGAGUGUGAUUUCAGAUUAGCUACCAAGACAAACACGGUUAUUUCGGUGAGUCUUUUGGGCCGUUAGAAACACUGCCCGAUAGAAAUCUAAUCUAAGCAUAAAAGCAGUGAUUUUGAUUGCACCACCUAAUCUUAUGGGUUUAAAGGUGUGUUUCUGUUUGCUUUCUGUUUCCCUGCUGCAGGUGUAGGYAAGUUUCCRUGAGGGUGUUGGAGCUGGGACGCUCCGUGUGAACGUGCCAGGCAGCCCGCAGGUAGUAAUGGUGCUGGGAGGCAGCUGGGCUGACCGAGAACCUUCCUUCCCGACAUCAGACCUUCACUGGGAAUCUUUUCCAAAGUGUUGACCAUUGAUGGUCUYGCUUAGAUUAAGUCAAGGGCUUUGUCUUCUGUACAGCAUGUCCUGCCUUUCCCUGGCCCGUUGCUGUUUGUAUUUCACUGUUUUACAAAGAGGCCUCCUGUCCGCAGGUCCCAAGRCCCCCAUGGGCUGUAGGCGGCUCUUGCAGGUGGGCGUCGUUGCGGGGAGGACGAAUUUCCCGGCUGGAUGCAGCCRCGUCGCUGCCGCGCUGCUCCUGUCCCGGGGUGAUGCUCCCUGGAGAGUCGAGCGCCCCAACGGGCUCCCAGCUUCCCUCCCUCCCUCCGCUGCCCAUUGCAUCGAGACACACUGAGCUCUCAAAAGCAUCAUAUGAGGCAUCAUAUUGAUGUCUCCCUGGGUCAUCUUGUGGCAAGCCCUGCCCYUUGCCAGGGGGUCUGCGUAAGGAAUUGGGGCUUGGACAAGCACCGCUGCGCUGUGGUUUGGYCUGUGGUCUCCUGCUGCAUUGCUGGGUAUGUUUUUGGAAGAGGACAGGAUUGUCCCUUUCAACAGGGAGUAGCACUGUACUUUUUUAAUGGGUUCUCCUAGCGUGUACUGUGACUGCUAAGGCCUGGGAGGUUUUCUUUUAGCAUAGCAGUAAUGAACAUGAGCUUCCUGGAGCUGAUUAGAAAUAGGAAUCAGCAGAAUCUAGAGCAAUUAGGCUUUUAAAAUUCUGCAUUCUGAGGUGGACCUGAAAGCCCAACGUAGUAGUGGUAGUUACUGAAGUCUGUAGCACAGCCUGAAUGUCAAGCCUGAAACCUCCUCAGCCCGGCCAAAGGGGCCACGUGCGUUCCAGGGGCUCUGGGGGUACGAACUUUUGAAAGUGGUCCAUAGUACUUGAAAAUACCUUGAUUGU